AACCUCAACUCAGCAUUGAAGUGGUAAGUACAUGCAAUCUUCAGAUAUUAUGUAGCAUAUGAUCCUACGUCAUGUUUAAAGGCGAAUUGGUUUGCCUAUCUAUCAGGAUAGGUGGGGUAUGGGAGCUGUUGAAGGUCCUGUGUGGGGUUCUGAAUGAUGCCUUUUGAGUCAUCUGUUCAGAUUCUUGCCCGCAUCCUUCGGGAGCUUUUCUAUGACUGAUAGAAAAUCUUUGAUUUAUGUUUUGUUCAUUUUAUUGUUAUUUUAUAUCCAGAAAAUCAAUUGACUCGUGUAUAGGUUGACACGAGUCUUAUAUCCAAGAGCAAAAUGGCUGCCUCAUACCCCAAGAAGAAGUGCGGUGUCCUGGGUGCCACAGGCUCCGUUGGCCAGAGAUUCAUUCUCUUGCUCGCAGACCACCCUUUUCUGGAACUCCACGCUGUUGGUGCGUCGGAGCGCUCUGCUGGCAAGGCCUACAAGGAUGCCGUGAAAUGGAAGCAGGCUGCUCCCAUGUCUGACAGACUUAGUAACCUUGUUCUGCGGGAUUGCAAGGCCGCCAACUUCGGAGACUGUGACCUCGUCUUCUCCGGACUGAACAGCGAUGUUGCUGGUGAACUCGAAAUGGAAUUCAUCAAGGCGGAGAUCCCAGUCUUCUCGAACGCUAAGAACUACCGCAAGGACCCCAUUGUUCCCUUGGUGGUUCCCAUCGUGAACCCUCAACAUUUGGACCUCAUUCCUCACCAGAGGAAGCAAUUCGGUCUGAAGAAGGGAUUCUUGGUGUGCAACUCCAAUUGCGCUGUUAUUGGCAUCGUCAUUCCAUUUGCUGCCCUGCAAGCCAAGUUCGGUCCCGUCGAGGAGGUCGAAGUCUUCACUGAGCAGGCCUUGUCUGGAUCCGGUUACCCCGGUGUUCCAAGCAUUGACAUUAUGGACAAUGUCAUCCCCUUCAUCAGCGGUGAGGAGGACAAACUGGAAAACGAAGCCCAGAAGAUCUUGGGAACCCUCAACGCCGAUGCUACUGCCUUCGACGAGCAAGUUGGUCUUAGAGUCGGAGCCACUUGCACCCGUGUCGCAGUUACAGAUGGCCACAUGGCAUUCGUUUCUUUGCGUUUCAAGAACCACCCAGCUCCCAGCGCAGAGCAAGUUAAGCAGGCCUUGAGAGAGUACCAGUCGGAGGCGCAGAAGUUGGGUUGCCCUUCUGCGCCCAAGGACGCCAUCGUGGUCUUCGAUGAGCCUGACAGACCGCAGCCCAGACUCGACCGAAACAUUUCCAACGGAUACGCUGUGAGUGUUGGACGAGUCCGUGAUGGAUUAGAGGGUGGUUACUUUGACCUCAGAUUUGCUGCGUUGUCUCAUAACACUGUUAUCGGAGCUGCAGGAUCUUCUAUCCUCAACGCAGAGGUCGCUGUGAUCAAGGGCUACAUCUAAACGAAAGAGUAUUAAAAAAAACAGGAACAUAUUGAGCGAUUAUAGAGGGCGUCAAAUACCACUUUUGAUUCUACUAGCAUUAUGCCCAACUGAUGAUGUAGCGUUAUUCAUAAAAUGAUUAACCAAUGAUGGCAAUGUGCAUAAGUAUAAAAUUGGACAUAAAUUCUAGACCAUGUUACAUAAUAAACUAGAUGAUCACGUGAGAGACUUAACAGCUAAAGCGGAUCAGGUCUAGUGUUAGGGCUUUUCACACAACGGC